CGCCGCCGACGACGCACCCGACGCCCGCCACCAUGUCGCAGUGGGACGAGUCUCUGGUGAGGGAGCAGGUGCGCAGCGACCGCGGCGCGUCCAACCUCGCCUUCAACGAGAAGGUGAAGCAGCUGCAGCGAAGUGGGCGCGACAUCAGCCACUUCGCGUUCGGCCAGGCGCCGUUCCCUGUGCCGACCUGCGCCGUCACCGCUCUGAGAGAACACGCCGCCGAGCACGCUUACCUACCGGUGGCCGGCAUUCCAGAGCUGCGGCAAGCCAUCUGUGGUCUGCACAAGAGAUAUGAUGAUAUUGACCUGGACCCCGCCAGAGUUUUGGUGGGUCCCGGCUCCAAGGAGCUGAUUUAUCUCACCAUGAACGUCUUCAGUGGAGACAUUUUACUCGUGGCACCCGCCUGGACCACGUAUGAGCCGCAGAGCCGCCUAGCGGGACAUCAGGCAACUAUUCUGCGUACGCACGCUGAGAGCCAUUACAAGCUGACGCCAGCGGAUCUGGAUAACCUGUUCAGCUCACGAAACCUGAAGCCGCACAGAAUGCUCGUGCUCACCAACCCAGGAAAUCCCACGGGAACGGUGUACACGGAGCAAGAGCUGGCUGCACUGAGCACGGCCUGCAGGCGCCACGGCGUGAUCGUGCUCUGCGACGAGAUCUACGGCCGACUCACCUUCGGCGGCGGCCACGUCAGCAUGGCAAAGGUGUACCCCGAGGGCACGAUCCUGAUGUCGGGCUUCAGCAAGUGGCUGAGCGCCGGCGGCUGGCGCCUCGGCUACGCCCACUACCCGCCCGGCCUGCAGCCGCUAGAGCUGGCGCUCGUCGGUGUCAAAGGCACGCCAAGUCAGGCGGGCUACUACUUCAUGCCUGACUUCGAGGUGUGCCGAGCCGGGCUAGCGGCCCGCGGCCUCUUCACCGGCCAGCAGAUGGUGGACGCCAUGCUCGAGGAGGCAGAUGUCGCUUUGAUGGCCAGCUCGUGUUUCCUGAUGCCCGACUCGGCCCUAGUGACGCGUUUCUGCUUUGUCUGCUUCGACGGCGCGGCGGCGCUGGAGGCGGUCGCCGACGGACGGCCGGUAGACGAGGCGUUCAUCGAGCGUCACUGCCCCGUACUGGUGGCCGGGGUGCGCCGCCUGCAGGCCUGGGUCAGACGCCACUCGGACGUGGUCGGAGGUGGUGCGGUCUGA